AACAAUGGACAAUACAGUAACUACUGCUGUCAUUUUGCACUGCAAUUAUCACGUUUUGAUUGAAAUUGGGAGCAGACAUGCUCUCUUCCCGAGUUAAUUAAAACGCCCCCCUGAUUGGACGACCAGAUAAUCCCCGGCGGGCCUCGUGCUCCUACUAACUUGCGAGCGGGGCAGAACACGAGUCACAAUCUGCCCAAGGCGAGGGAGGGCAAGGCGCGAGAGGAAGGCGACCGUUGCGAGCGCUCCGAUCUCAGCGAACACAAUUAGAGAAGUGUUGUUGAACGUGGGCUAUGCGCGCAACAAGGGGGGAGCGCAGUGUACAGAGGAGGUGAAUGCAUGUAGAGGCUCAGUUUCAGAUUCACAGCCUCCUUCUUGAAGAGUCACAGCACUGACAGAGGAAAGGAGUGAGGGAAGAGAGGAACUCCUAGAAAACAGCAACUCUCUGAGAGAAUUACGUGAGUACAGCCUACAGAUUUCAAAACAAAAGACAGGACAGGGAGAAAACGCAAGAGUAGACUUUUCCUGGUCAGAAUCCGCUCUGGAAGAGAAAAUGAAUGUCAGCGAAGAGAACCUGCUCAAGUCCAUCAGCAACGACGCGCUCCUCGACCUGACGCAGCGCUACGGCCAAUCAGCCUUCGGGUUUGGCGCUGGCCAUGGUGCUGGAAGUCCCGGCCGGUUCCCGCUCACACCGGCCACCGACUUCAUCUCCGGGCAGACCGCGAAGUCCAACGAGAGCGGCGGGGAGCACACGAGCGACGACGAGGACGGCUUCGACUCGCUGGAGUCCCGGAAGAGGGGCUCAUCGUUUGGGGACGACAAGCCCGGGGGGCCCCUGACCAAGAAGUCCAAGGAGCAGCGCUCCCUGCGCCUCAGCAUCAACGCCCGGGAGAGGAGGAGGAUGCAUGAUCUGAACGACGCGCUGGACGGCCUGCGCUCUGUUAUCCCCUACGCCCACAGCCCCUCGGUGAGAAAACUCUCCAAAAUAGCCACUCUCCUCCUGGCCAAGAACUACAUCCUUAUGCAGGCUCAGGCUCUAGAGGAGAUGAGGCGGCUGGUGGCGUAUCUGAACCAGGGACAGACUAUAACUUCACCAAUCCCUACCGCGCUGGCGCCCUUUGGACAGGCUGCCGUCUACCCGUUCUCGGGGUCUGCACUCGCCACCUGUGCCGAAAAGUGCACAACUUAUUCCGGAACACCAUCGAGUCUCUUCAAACACUGUAACGACAAGCCUUGAUUUAGUUUAAUUCUCUUUCCUGAACUUUUACCUUUACUGCACCCCCCUCUCUCUCUCUCUCGCUCUCUUUCUGUCUCUCUCUCUCUCCCACUAGUUAUUUUUCAAUCAUUUUGUGGAAAAUAAAUCAAGUUUAGUCUGAUGCAUAAUCUUAAAGUAUGGUUAAGUAAUUUUAUUGCAAUGUUUCAUCCACAUUUAACAAACGCUACAUAGAAAAUAAACUGUUUAGGCCUUCUUAUAAGAUGAAGUCAAAAACACCCUGUCACUUUGUCGCUCGUACUUUUACAGGCGCUGCGGGCCAUGUCCAAAUUUUGAGUUCGGGUACAUUUUUAGUUCAGUUAUCAGCUCUUAUUUGUAAUCUAUGCAACAUUCAGCGACGACAACAUGAAAAGUGGAAAUGCCAAGAAAUGCGACUUGAUCUCUGGAUUCAUAUGAAAGGACUUCCUUUGACUGACUGUAGGCUACUGAUGCUGCGUGGUGGGGAUUUGAUGUUGGCUGAGGUUAUAUUUACUGAAACGAUGUGUUGACCAGUUUGUUUUGUUAUUGCAUUAACUUGUUAAGUUAUUGCACAUCUUACAUGAUUGUAUUGUACAACUGUGGAAAAAUCACUUGCUCCAAGCCCGGCUAUACUAAUGGUUAUAUAACUACAGCCUAUACAUUGAAGAAGCGUUUUGGUUGUGUUGCAACAUGGAUUUCAUAUAUUGUUUAUAUGUCUUUAUAAUUAAAACACAU